AUGGAUAACCUACCUCCUCUCGCUGCGCUGUUCUUGAUCAGGUUUGACCAGAAGGUAGGGUACACCAUAGCAUGGAAGCGAUCGGUUGAAGGUCUGGAUCUUGACGGCGUGGAGUACCAAUGUCUGCCGUCUGGUCUCCAUGGUGUGAAGGAAGAUUUGGUGUACUUCUUCCAUGGCAGUCAUGCUGGGGUGAGCGCGUUUGUGCAGGGCGAAGCGGACGAAAGUCAUAGGCACGCCAACUUCAUGGCUGUGGGUGCGCUGGUGCCGCUUAGCUAUGGCAGGCUGGGGAAGAGUUGGUUGCAUGCUGCUGGACUGAGACGUCUGGCACAUGAGGCGGUCCAAGAUGCGGAUGAUACAAAGGCGCUGGAGCUGUACUGGCAGCAGAAUGAGCAUGGGAGGAAGCACAGCGCUCGGGCGGCCUCGCCUUCGAUCGGUACGCGAAUGUCAUCGCCAGAUGCUCUGCGAAAGAAGGUGAAGCGUGUGCAUUCAGAUGGAAGCCAUGCGAUCACCGGCGAUGGACUGCCGCCGGAUCAUCCUGCCUUCUCUAUGACGGAUAUGCUGGAUACGUUUGGACCUCUAAUCUUUCCACUCUUUCGAGCCGCAUUACUUCGGAAGCGAAUACUACUGCUCGGAACUGCACCGGUCCAGCAGAGCUGCAAUUUCGUUUACUUGCUCUCCGUUCUAUCCAACAUUCCUCAAGCACAGUUUGAAAUCCUCCAGCCGGACACAGAGGCUUUGUCGAAAACACAGGCCUUGUUCAGUGUUGGUAUCCACGACAUACCGUUUCUGAGCGACAAGAACCGAACGACACGGUGGAUUGCAUGUACGACAGACGACAUCCUGGGCGAGAAGAAAGAUCUCUACGAUGUGCUUGCCGUGCUGCGAGAUCUAACACCUCAGGGACGGAGAGGCCGACCACGACCAGUGAUACGCCUCUCUGAUGGCACGGUCGUGAAAGCUACCCAGCGCGACCUUCGCCGUUACCGACUCUUACGAUCCGAGCUUGAGAGGAUCACAUCGAUCAGUGGUCGCUAUCAGGACGACCCGUCAAGCAACGAUGAAGGUGACCAUGAAGCAGUACCGCUCAUUCGCACACCUACAACCCACGUCCGACAGGAAGUCAAGCGUAGCGAACGUAACGAGCGUGAUGCCAUCGAGCCUGUUUCAUGGUCCGCCUUGGCGUACAAUGGCUUCAUGUGGUGGGCAUCUGCGGGCGAGAUGGAGGCCUGGCAGAAUGAUGAAACGAGAUCCGACCGGGAGUUGCUUGAUGAUCUGCCAGAGCUCGACGAUCUGCUACCACAUCUUGGCGACAUCGAGGACGCAGAAGAGAGUGUUGGGUCGCUGGCACAAGCUAUUGCCACGCUUGUUACGGCGUACUUUCACCGCCUGAUCGCACAAAUCUUACAGCCGCUUGCCGAGCUGGUGGAGACCGCAGAUGACGGGACCGAACAGGGCAUUGCGGAGGCUCCUAUUACUGUGUCUGCUGACGAUGUCCGAGGAAUGGGACUGGACAGUUGGAGUGAGGCAGACAAGUCAUUUGUGCAGCAGAUGAUGGGGACCUACUUUGGCCGAGAGGCUCUAGUCGAUGCUGAGGGGACGAGGAUAUGUGGUGUCAGAGUCUGCUGA